ACUCGUUAAAUCAAUCUCGGAUCGCCGAACUGAGCCAUUUAAAUUGCCCCGGGUCAUCGGAGAGAUUUCUUACAAGCAGACCAUGAUGCGCGUAAUGGAGGCGAAGCUCGUCUCGCUCGUGGCCCUGUGCUGGCUGCAGAGCGGGCUCUCGCACGCGCACCGCCUGCACCGCGCCGACGGCAAGUGGUUCGCCGCGCUCGAGGAGCCCCGCAGCUUCGCGGGCGCGCAGAGCGUGUGCGAGGAGCGCGGCGGCGCCUUGAUGAGCGUGGGGUCGCACGCUCUGCACCGGGUCGUGGAAGUUCUCCUCGCGGGUCUCGCCGGCAAAUUCUGGAUCGGCUUGCGCCUGCCGGACACCCGGUGCCCCGGCAAUGACUCCCAGCUGCUCGGUUACGAGUGGAUCGGCGGCGGCGGCGGCGGCGGCGACGGCGCCCGCUUCCACAACUGGGGCAGAUUUGACAGCGGCUGCGACCUGAAGGGGGUCUCGGUGUCGGCGGGGGACAACUUCACGUGGUCCCAGGAGUCGCCGCGCAGCGAGCUGCGCGGGUUUCUCUGCGAGUUUUCCUUCGAGAGCCCUUGCAGCGCUUUGACGGCGGCGGAGGGCGAAGGCGCGGUGUACAACGUGCUCUCCAUCAGGCCGGGCUUCGAGCCAGCGAGCUGGGCGAUGCUUCCCCAAGGAACCGUCGCCGAGAGACGCUCCGGCGGCGGCGGCGGCGACGACGUGAACGCGCGGAGUCUGUGCUACAGCGGCACCUGGCUGCACGCUCCGUGGCCGUGUGAGGUCAUGAACGGCGGCUGUGACCACGCGUGCAACGCGAGCCAUCCAAGCGCGCCAACCCCAGCCGUGUGCGCGUGCCGGCCGGGGUAUUCCCUCCGUCCCAACGGUGUCGCAUGUGUCGACAUCAACGAGUGCGACGACGUGGACAGCUGCCUGGACGCCAAUGCCGUGUGUGAGAACACGAACGGCAGCUUCAAUUGCGUUUGCAAAGACGCCUUCUACGACUACGACGGGGACUGCGUGAACCUCGAAGACUGCGACAAGUGCGAGCACAUGAAGUGCGGAAAACAGGAUGGCGCGUACAGGUGUCAGUGCCGGGAAGGGUACAGGGUGUCCGACGCGGACCCCAAAAAGUGCGUGUGGAAGUGCGAGCAGCAGUGCCUAGCUCGGUGCACCGAGAACAUCGAGGGUAAACCGCCCCCCUGUGAGUGCCCCGACGGUUACAUACGAGACACGAGAAACGGGACGUCCAUGUGCGUGGACAUUGACGAGUGCGUCAUAGAACGUCAGUGCGACCACACGUGUACGAACACCUACGGCAGUUAUAAGUGUUCCUGCGACGAAGGGUUCGAGUUAAUUGAGGGGUACCUGUGUAAAUCCAAUGGAAUGGACUCAAACACAGCUUCCCACGCCACCACAGGUGCACCUCGUCGGACGAGCAUACAUCCGACUGCUGUCCCCUUGUAUGUUAAAGCCGGCAGCCUUCUUGGCAUAGUGGUCUUCGCCGCGCUGGGCCUGGCGCUGCUGUUUGUGCUGCUGUGCUACUCACGCAAACACUGCGGCAAAUUUGAGCUUCCCUCCUUCCAGAGGCCAGAUGUUGAUAUUUUCCAUUUGCAGCAAGUGACAACGGAAAAGUAUAAAAAAUUCUCCUUCGAUAAGCAGCAGGGGAAAAAUGACACGCAAAGACUGUGAUACUAUAUAUUGUCUAUAUAUAUAUAUAUACACACACACACACACACAUAUAUAUAUAUAUAUAUAUAUAUAUAUAUAUAUACAUUUGUUCUCUCGUGCUUUGUCGCACGCACAUUCAUUCCAGUGUCCAAUUAAGCGAGGAAUUUAUUUGGGUUUUUUUUCCUUUUCUCCUUGUUGCUGGUUAGGGGGACACUAAUUGUGACUUCAUUUGCAUUCACUCCUUUCUGGCAUAGAUGCACGAGAAAACGCUGUUCAGUUCAGUCUGCCCAUGUAUUUCAUCACCCAGUUAUGAACUGUUAGUAGCUGAAUGUAAUGAUGUGAAGAUGUCGUUGUAUAUUCCACACACAUUCCUCGCCAAAGUGGUCUGUAAGCUAGUUCACCUUUGCCCGUAGAGCUCAUCCCAGCCCCGAGCUGAAAAGGCCAAUUGAAGCCCGUCUCUUUAUGGCGUGCACACCCACCGAGAUGCCACCCGUGACAUCUUGACUCAGUGCUGUUAAUGUUUGCAAAACACUGUUUCUGUUGUGUUUUUUAUUUUAUUUUAUUUUAUUUUUGUGCAACGUGUUAUGUUUUUUUUUGUUUGUUUUUGGACUUUGAAUCCCUGAAGAACAAGUUAGCAAAAUCAGUAUUUGCUUGUUUUACUAACGCCACACCGCAGCCUUACAAAAUGAUCGAUAGCACAGUGACACUAAUUCUCCUACUCUCUGAAACUUCUUGAACGGUAGCGCGCAACCCCUUGGCUGAUAACAUGACGAUGUUUCGACAGACAGAAUCCCUCUAAUUUAGAAAUAUUUAAAAUUAAGCAUCAGGCCUUUCUUUUUUUCCCCGUUAGGUAAAAUGGGUAAGCAGUAUUUUGACACAUAACUCUUCAGUUACAUCUGAUCACUAUUCAACGGCUAAUAUCCAAAACGUCUGAGGGAUUUCUAUGUAGGCCCGGUCCAUGUUAUACAUGUCGCACCUAUUCCAUAUAGUGGGGGGGGGGUUGAAAACGAGAGUGUUUCAUUGGUUUGGAUCAACGGGCUGAAAAGUCGCGUGUGACUUUGUGUUGAUAUGAUUGGGUCUGUGUCCGUCGGAUGUUUUGGGGGGUUUUUUCGCGCUGCGCCCGCGGCCUCGUAUUCAGAGCGCUUCUCUCAAGCGCCUGUUGUUGCUAGGUUACAAAAAUCGUCUUCUAGCACUUCCGCAUUCCUUCGUUGUGAACGUCUAGAUAGAUAGAUAGAUAGAUAGAUAGAUAGAUAGAUAGAUAGAUAGAUAGAUAGAUAGAUAGAUAGAUAGAUAGAUAGAUAGAUAGAUAGAUAGAUAGAUAGAUAGAUACUUUAUUAUUCUGUAAUAAUGCUAAUAUUAUUAUUCAAGUCUCGUAGAUAGCUGGGUUGUCAGUGACAACCAAGAUCAGAUUCUCUUCCGCCAUACCGUAAGUCCCGCCCCCUACUUGGUUUUGAUUGGUCGGUGAGAGAGCGGCGACAUUGACGCGGCGUUCCAAACGUUUUAGCUAUCCAGCCACCCGUUAUCUAAACCGCUUAUCCUGCUGUCAGGGUCGCGGGGAUGCCGGAGCCUAUCCCAGCAGUCACUGGGCGGCAGGCAGGGAGAGACCCCGGACAGGCCGCAGCGGGAGGGGAAAGCCGUAAACCGAUGAGGUGUUUGCGCCAAGGACGUUGAGCGCUGUCGACGCUGAACUUCGUAAGGAUUUGUAUAGAAAAUAGGCGCUGCCAGCUCAAAACAAAAAAACAAAACAAAACGCAUUUGGUGGACACAGGGGCCAUGAUCACCCGCCUCUUCAUACUGAUCACCCGCCUCUUCAUACUGAUCACCCGUCUCUCCAUGCUGAUCACCCGCCUCUUCAUACUGAUCACCCGUCUCUCCAUGCUGAUCACCCGCCUCUUCAUACUGAUCACCCGUCUCUUCAUAGUGUGUUUAGAUGAUAGCGGGAUAUGUGAGCUCCGCUGACCCUCCUGUCCAACAAACCUCGUCUCAGAGAGAUGGUCCGUAGAUGCUGCAGCGGUGCAGGCUUUGAGAAGAUGGCACCAAAACCCGAAUGUAAAAUUGUGCUGCUAUUGUGAAUGUUACUCCAGUCUUUACCAGUCUGCAAACCUGCGACUGGCUAUUGUGAACUCUCACUCACUAAACGAUUUCCUUUUUUGUUGUUGUCACGGAAUAGAAAAUGUAUAGCACUCUUGAAUUAUAUUAAACAUUACACUGAUAUGGGUUA